AUAGCAUUCGUCUUCCUCUCGGCAGGCCUGUCCGCCUCAACCGCGGCGCCGGAAUCCGGGCGAUGAUCCAUACUAUCACUAACGACGCCGUACGAGAACUUCUGCCAAUCGGGCUGGCCGUUUGCCAUGACGCCCUCCUCGCGCGACUUCUUCGGUUGGCCAGGGUUGUUAACAAUCUUGGUGUAGGACGCGCCCUCGUUGCCCGAUCCAAAGCCCAUAUUCUUCUUCACCGCCGGGUCGGCAGCGCCGCUGCCGACAGCUUUCCGUGCUCCGCGGGGCUGGCUAUACGCCUGGAUAGCCUCCUUCGCGGGAGUCUUGGUGGUCGGAAAGCCGUGCGGCGGGGUAUACGGCGGGGUAUACGGCUGCAGCAUCUUCACCUCGACCUCCUGUGCGCCCGGCGCGGACGCAUCCGUCGGCUUCCAGGCCUGGCUGUACGGCGCGGGGUAGAACGGCACCCGUGGGACCACCAAAGGUGGGUACUCCGCGGGAUUGUACCGCUCGUUUUGCCAGUACUUCGGGUAGUUGUCGCCGUAGCCCAUGUUGAUCGGGUGCUGAGGGUACUUGGACACAUAGUUGUGUUGCGGCUUGGGAGCGGGAGCGGGAGCGGAAGAGGAGAGCUCGCUGAAGAAGGCGGCGGCCAGGGCCGCGAGUUGGUAAGGUUUCAUUACUGGAGGUCUUCGGCUGGUGUAGAACAGGGACGAAGAUCGUGGUGAUGUUGAUGGUUGCAGGCUGG